CGACGACAUUAUUGCUCAUUCGUGAAAUACGUGUACAAUGGAAAUCAAUGACUCUAAGAAACCCGAAUUGGAAUACAAAAAUGCUAUUGAGUUUGCUAAGGAUCCGCCUCUCACAGAAGCGCUCGCUCAUCUGUGGGCGGCUGUUCGGAAACUCGGCGAGGAAUCUGUAAAAUGCAUAGAAGAAAAAAAAUCGUUAACGCACGUGAUGGACAAUUACAGACAGUUAAUGCCAGAAAUCAAACAGUCUAUUUUAUUGGAGCAAAACACAGUGGAAAAACUAAAAAAAGAAUUAAACUCUGCACAUCGUAUGUUAGAUGCUUCCAACCUCAGAGAACAAAUAAUUCAAGAAUCCAACGAUAAUUUAUUAGCUCAAAUAAAGACCUUAAAAGCUGAACUAGAUUCGAAAACUAAACAAAUGGAAGAAGAAAGUUUGUUUUCUUCUAUGGGUCAAGGUGAUACAAGCCAAUUAGAGUUGACAAGAUUAAAACGAGAACUGGCUAGAAUAGACGUGGAGAACAAACGUCUAAAUAAUCUCUGUGAAUCGUUGAAAAAAGAAUUAGACGGUGCCGAGUAUAAUGUCAGAGAUCUUGAAGCCGAUUUAGCUGCCCAAAGUAACAAUCUAGUAAAAGAAAUAAAAACAAAAGAAAAAUUAGAGGACCGCAUAAAAACCGACCACGAUCAAAUGGAAAAAAUAAAAACCGAGCUCGGUAUCACUAAGAACAAUUUCAAAAAGGCUGAAUCCAAUAUAGAAAAACUUAACGAGACAUUAAAAGACUUAAAAAUUGCAAAUAACAAUUUAAACACAAAAAAUACGUCAAUUCAAUCCGAACUAACACGUUUGGUUGCUACUCAUGAAACAUCACUCAAAAAACGACAAGAAGUUAUGGAGGAGAUUGACAAAAUUUCUAAGGAAAAGAAAAAUUCUGAAAAUAAUGUAGCUGUUUUAGAACGAAGUUUAAGUACGUCACAAGAAGAUAAUGUUAAACUCAAAAAAAUGUUGGAAUUAACAGAAAGAGAAAAAAAAUUACUAGAAAAAAAUAUGACUAAAGUUAAUGAACAAAUAACUGCAUAUAUCGAAAAAAUGAAUAUAAAAGAAUCAGCAUUUCGGGCUUUAGAACAAGAAUUUAGAAAUGCGCAAAAAUAUAUUGAUAAAUUAAAUCAAGAUAUAAUUACAAUGAAAAAUAAUAAGGAAAAAUUGCACCAAGAAAUAAUAACUUUAAAACAAAAAAUUCACGAAGAUUCGGUGAUAUUAAACCACAAAGAAGUGGAAGUACAAGAAUUAAAAAAAGAAGUAAAUAAUUGGAGUGAUAAAUUUAAAGAGCAAGAUCAUGAUCUACACACUAUAAAAACUGAAAAAAAUCUAUUUUCUAAAAAUCUUGCUGAAGCUAAGGACGAAACGGAAGAGAUAAAAAAUAAAAUAAAAAUGAUUUCACAACAACUCGAACAACAAAAAGAGUACGUCGCGUACAAAGAAAUGCAAUUGACGAAAAACGAUACAGUAUUAAAACAAACUGAAAAGGAACUUCAAAAACGUGAACAAGAGAUCAAUGAGUACGAGACCCGAAUGGAAGAAACGUCGAAUUUAUUAAAGAAGAAAAAUGAGGACGAAAAGUCAAUGAUAAUGACAUUGAAAUUACUGCAGAAAAAAAUAGAAAAACUUCAGAAACAGAAUGAUGAAGGAAACAAAAACAAAAACAAACUCAUAAAUCAAAUGAAUGAACGCAAUGAGGAGCUAUUAAAACAAAAAGAUGCUAAUGACAUAUUAAGAACAACGUUAGGCAAGGGAGAAGUAGAAUAUAAUAAAAGAAUUGACGAUAUAAGAUUGCUCAAAUCGGAAGUAAAAAAUUUGAGCGUUCAAAAAAACUUAUUGAUGAAAAACCUGUCGGAAAUAAAUGACAUAAGAGGCGAAGUACUUAAAUAUGAGCAAAAACUGAACAGAGAACGUUUGAAAUGUCGAGCCCUGGAAGACAUGUUAAUCAAACCCACAAAUGUACACCGAUGGAGAAUAUUAAAAAACACCGAUCCGCCGGCUUACGAGAUGACUGCCAAAGUGAAAAUCCUUCAAAAACGGUUACUCGAACAAUGCACCAGAGUGUUCGACAAGGAUUUGCAAGUCCAAGAGCUGCAGACUAGAUACGAUAAACUAAAAGACGAAUUCAUCAAGCUGCCGGGCAGGGAUAUCUUCAAAGAAAUGAACGAUAUCAAAAGAACUCUAUUAAAAAAAGACGACAAAUUGAAAAGCUUAUCCGGAGAAUUAAUUAUCAGUCAACAGACAACAAAAGAGUGCGUGUUCGAAUUGGAGAGAACGAAAAAAGACUUGAACGAAUUUAAAAAUAAAUAUUACGAACUGAAACGCAUCGUGACCAAAAUCAAACUCAAAAACCAAAACACUACAACACUAACGAAACCAGAUCCAAUUUCCACGAGUUGUAGCAAAUUUUUAGAUAUGACUGUAUGA